GGUGUGGGCUGGAAAUCUUUGCCAGGGUAGAAACUAACUUUAGCCUUGUGCAGCUUUCAGGAUAUGUAGAAGUGGAACAUACAAUGAAGAUACAUUUGACCUAACAGGAUUCUGAUGUAUUCAAGGAAAAGUAAAGGAUUAAAGGAUGAAGAUAUGACAAUAUAAAUUUGACAUCAAGAUAGAAAAUCAGAAUUUUCAAAAUAUUCUAGAUUUUCAUUAAGAGCUUGAACAAACAGCAUUCCAUUGACUGGGUAUGAUCCAAAAAAGCACCUCCUGCCUUGGUCACACCUAAUAAUUUGUACUAGAAGAUGUGCAGGUGGGCCAGGCAUUGGUUCAUGACCGCCUUUGAAAUGGGAAUCUGAGCUAAACAUUCCAGAUGCAACAUUUCCAAACAGCUUGUGAAAACAAAAGCUUUAAGAGUAGUCUUGUGUGUUUAAGGCUGAAAUUACCAGUUGGCUGGAAACCCAAUGCACUUAGAUUUAUUCCCUGACAGAGAAGUUAACCUGGAAUUACACUGUGUUUUUACCGGACUACCGGGAUCAAGGCAUUGAAUAGCUGGAAGGAUUUUUAUUUAAAUAGUUUUGUUGGUAAAACCAUCAUGGCAUUAUCACCCCUAAGAGAAAACGCUAAGAAGGAACUAUCAGAAUCAUCAAUGGAUGGAGAUAAACUCAUUUCAUUUUUCCUGUCUAAAAAUAUUGUCUUUUUUGUGGAACGAUGUAUGAGUUCUAUGCAAGCUGGUACCCAAAUGAUCAAGCUCCGGGGUAGCUCAAAAGGCUUGGUUCGCUUUUAUUAUCUAGAUGAACAUAAGUCUUGCAUAAGGUGGAGACCCUCAAGGAAAAAUGAAAAGGCCAAAAUAUCCAUUGAUUCCAUUCAGGAGGUGUGUGAAGGGAAACAGUCAGAGAUUUUCCAACGCUAUGCAGAUGGAAGCUUUGACCCAAACUGCUGUUUCAGUAUUUACUAUGGAGAUCACAUGGAAUCUCUGGAUCUGGUGUCCUCGGGUGGAGAAGAGGCUCGUACAUGGAUCACCGGACUUAAAUACCUAAUGGCAGGCAUUAGCGAUGAGGACAGUCUAUCCAAGCGGCAGAGAACACGAGACCAAUGGUUGAAGCAGACGUUUGAUGAGGCAGACAAGAAUGGAGAUGGUAGCUUAAGUAUUAAUGAAGUUUUGCAACUUAUGCACAAACUGAAUGUCAACCUCCCAAGGCAAAAAGUAAAACAAAUGUUUAAGGAAGCAGAUACUGAUGAUAACCAAGGCACCCUUGGAUUUGAUGAAUUCUGUGCAUUCUAUAAAAUGAUGUCUACAAGGAGAGAUCUGUAUCUACUUAUGCUCACCUACAGCAACCACAAAGAUCACUUGGAUCCUGAGGACCUCAAGAGAUUCCUAGAAAUUGAACAGAAGAUGAUGAAUGUGACAAAACAAAACUGCUUGGAUAUUGUGGCUAAAUUUGAACCUUGCCCGGAGAACAAAAAUCAUGGAGUCCUCGGAAUUGAUGGUUUCACCAACUACAUGCGCAGUCCAGCAGGGGAUAUCUUCAACCCAGAACACUAUCAAGUCAAUCAAGAAAUGACCUUGCCUCUAAGUAACUAUUUCAUUUCAUCUUCUCACAACACAUAUCUCAUGGGAGACCAGCUGAUGUCUCAGUCUCGGGUUGAUAUGUAUGCGUGGGUCCUACAGGCAGGAUGCCGGUGUGUAGAGGUUGACUGCUGGGAUGGACCAGAUGGGGAACCUAUAGUACAUCAUGGCUACACAUUAACCUCAAAGAUACUCUUCAAAGAUGUUAUUGAAACUAUAAACAAAUAUGCUUUCAUCAAAAAUGAAUAUCCUGUAAUUUUGUCCAUUGAAAAUCACUGUAGUGUGGUGCAACAGAAGAAAAUGGCGCAGUAUCUGAUCGAAAUCUUAGGGGACAAGUUAAAUCUAAAUACGGUCAUGAAUGGGGAUUUAACUAAACUGCCUUCGCCAGAAUGCUUGAAAUGCAAAAUAUUAGUAAAGGGAAAGAAGCUUCCUGCCAGCAUUAGUGAUGAUGCAGAAGAGGGUGAGGUUUCCGAUGAGGACAGCGCUGAUGAAAUUGAAGAUGACUGCAAACUCCUAAAUGGAGAUGCUUCCGCUAACAGGAAGCAAGUGGAAAAUAUAGCGAAGAAGAAACUUGACUCAUUAAUGAAGGAAUCCAAAAUCCGAGAUUGUGAAGAUCCUAACAAUUUUACUGUCACCACACUACCGUCCCCUGGAAAGCUCAGCCAGAAAACAGAAUUGAAAAAGAAAUAUUUACCUGGUGGUGAUAAAUCUUUGAGCAAAACGGAGGAUGAGGUUGAAUCUGCAGAAGAUGCUAGUCCUAACAAACGGCACAGUCGUUCCUUAAUGGGAAGUUUUUCAAAGCGGAAGAAAAAAGGUGGACGCAUCAAAAAGUGUUCAAGCUUAGAAGAGGCUGAAGAUAGCUUGGAACGUCAAGGUAGCUUAGCAAGAACAUCGGCACAUUAUGGUCGCAUAAAUAGGCAGAAGAAAACUAUGAAACUUUCGAGAGCCCUGUCCGACCUGGUGAAAUAUACAAAGUCAGUUGGUAUUCAUGAUGUUGAAACAGAAAUUUUUUGCAGCUGGCAAGUUUCUUCUUUUAGUGAGACUAAAGCUCACCAGAUUCUUCAGCAAAAACCAGCACACUUUGUUAGAUUUAACCAACAUCAGCUAUCUCGCAUUUACCCAUCAUCCUACAGAGUCGAUUCAAGUAACUAUAAUCCUCAACCCUUUUGGAAUGCCGGCUGCCAAUUAGUUGCUUUAAAUUACCAAUCGGAAGGACGAAUGCUGCAGCUAAACCGAGCUAAGUUUAACAGCAAUGGAAACUGCGGCUAUGUUCUGAAGCCAAAAUGUUUAUGUCAUGGUGCCUUUAAUCCCAAUUCCGAAGAUCCUUUGCCAGGUCAAUUAAAGAAACAGCUUAUUCUACGGAUAAUAAGUGGUCAACAACUUCCAAAGCCUAAAGAUUCCAUGUUGGGGGACCGAGGAGAGAUUAUUGACCCUUUUGUGGAGGUUGAGGUGAUUGGUUUGCCUGUGGAUUGCUCUAAAGAACAGACCAGGGUAGUCGAUGACAAUGGGUUUAAUCCGAUGUGGGAGGAAACUCUUGUUUUUACAAUACACAUGCCAGAAAUAUCGCUAAUUCGUUUUCUCGUCUGGGACCACGAUCCUAUUGGUCGGGAUUUUAUAGGACAGAGAACGAUUUCAUUUAGCAGCAUGAUGCCAGGAUAUCGGCAUGUGUACCUGGAAGGUAUAGAAGAAGCAUCCAUCUUUGUUCAUAUAGCAAUUAAUGACAUCAGUGGUAAGGUCAAGCAGGCCGUGGGCUUAAAAGGACUGUUUCUGCGAAAUCCAAAGCAAGCUUCUCUGGACAGUCAUGCUGUUGGAAUUCUUCAUCGGAAACACUCUAUUAGUAGUCACAUUUUAAGGAGAACCGCCAGCGCUCCAGCCAAAGGCCAGCAAAAAAACAAAAAGGGCUUUCCAGAAAUUGCCAUUGAUUCCAAAGAUAACAGCUCAGAAGGAGCUAGUGAAGAUAGGGAGACAGAUGACUCCUCUCUACCACGCUUUGAUAAAGAUCCUGAAUGUGAUUCUCCAGCCGUUUCUUCUAGGGAUGAUACUCAUUUGGAAUUACAUAGCAAGCAUUUAAAAGAUACCCAACAAUAUUCAAUUUAUAGGUCGGUCUCCUCUUUAUGCAGCCUUGAGACCAUUACAGAAGAGCCUAAUUUUUCCAAGGAAAAUGAUUUUAUUGGACCAACCUUUCCCCAAACUCUUGCCUAUCUCAGAAAGGAGGGAAAAAAUGCAUAUGAUCAACUACAACAGUCUGAAUGUAGUAGUCCCUCUGUAGAUGGGCAAUGGCCAAGCCAAUUAAACCAUGGUGAAACCAAGCCUUUGACCAAUGGUCCACUUCCAGAAAAUGGAAACAAUAAUACAGCUAGACACUUUAAAGACAAGAAUGAAAAUAUAGUUACUUAUGUCAAUGGAAAAUGUGAGGCUCCAUUUUCUGUAAAUUCUUAUAUCAUAAAGCCUGGAUUGUCUUUACUUGCUGAUAUUUCAAAAAAUUGCACUGAACAGGGUCAAGUAAAAGGGAAACCAUCUGACCGUUUGUCAUUCCAUACUAAUGAUACUUUAAAAGGAAACAAAGUAACAUGCUCUAAAUUCCCAGAGCAACAAAAGAUGUCUUUAGGUUUUCCUGUUUCAAGACCACCUUUUGAUAGACAUAUUCAGCAUCCUUCUCUAUUACGUAAUGGCCCACCUAUGCUUGUGAGAAGAACAAAGAGUGAAGGAUAUGUUAUGUCAAACUGCUCAGCCUUAAAAUCUUCAUGUCAGUCCCCUGUGGCUGAAGUAUAUUCUGAUGCUACAAUCAAUGACAGGAUAUGGAGCAAACUUGAACCCACCAGUCAUAGGGACAGCAUGUCUUCGUCUUCCAGCAAAUCAUCUAAUGAUACAGUGAUUGAUCUCUCAUUACCAAAUUUAGCUCAGAAAGAUUUAUUGGAUCUUGACAUUACUGAUGAUAACUUUGAAAGCCUUCAUUUAAAAAAUAGUAUAAGACCAAGAUCCGCAACAACAGCAACAAGGGAAAUGUCAUUAGGGGUAACCAAAAGCAAAUCUAAUCCUAAUUUAAGAUAUGAUAACCAAGAAGAAGAUGAGCUCUGUCCCAGGCCUCUUUCUAAAGGUCCUGAAGAAGUAUUGCCACCAAUGCCAAGAAGGAACACCUGGAACAGGCUAUAUGUAGAGAGUCUAAAGAAGACGCCUGAAAAGCCCAACUCUGAUGUAAAGUCAUCAGCCAACCAAUCAAUAUCCAAAAGUCUUGGGGAUUUAACCUCAGAUGAUAUUUCAUGCAAUUUUGAUAGUAAGUACAGGAGUAUAAGCAGAAGUUUUAUCACUAGACCAAUGAGAGCCCAAAGGAAAAAUGCCAGCAUGAAGAUUUCUGCUAAGUCCGAAGAUUCAUUAACAGAACAACUCAAAAAGUUGACAAGCUUUCAGAAAGAAAAUGAUAUCAUGUCACCAACGUCAUAUGAACCUACUCCAAGUGAAGAAGAUGGCAUGGGUCUACUUCGGAGGACAUCCUCGAGAAGUCAGAGCCGAGUGAGAUACAUUGCAAAUAGAGCAAAGCAGGCUCAAGAAAGGCAAAGACUUCAAAACCUUUGCCGAGAAAAUGGCAAUUCAAUAGAGGAGAGAGGGAAUCCAGAAGGAGCAUGUGCAAUAACCAAAGGGAUCUAUAGUGAUUCUCUAUCACCCUCACCGUUUACAUCUGAAUCUUUGGACAGAUUUGGACCAUGACUGUAUAGUGCUGUUAGAUGAUGAGCAAAUAUAACAACUCUAUUCGUGUAAUUUAUGUAUAGGAUAAAGUUGUCCAUUCUAGAUAUACCUCGAAGGGAGAAAACAAGAGAUGCCCUUUUACAUUGGAACUGUACAGGACAGAUGCAUUUCUAUAGCACUUAAAGCACUGUAUAUAGUUUUGAAUUUAUAGACUUACAAUGGUUCUGCAAUCCUCGAUAAGUAUGCAUUGUUUUUAACUGUUAUUUCAGAAACCACCCAUUUCUUGGAUGCCUGACCUCUUCUCCAGUUUAGACCAUACGAUCAGCACAGUGGAAUACAUUGUGUUCCAAUACAUAGUAUACCUAACUAACUCACCCUUUUUCUGCUUUACCUUUGUGAAAGUUAUAUUUUUUAAAUUGCAGCUGUACAUAGCAUACUUUAAAGUACAGUUUAAUUUUAUUUUUUUGUACUGCCAUACAAGUUUUUUCAAUAUAUAUGUUGAAAAAUAUGAAAAAAAAGUU